UCUGGUGGGAGGGUCCACGGAGAGGAGCCGCCGCCGCCGCUGCGCCUGACCAACGACGCUCUUUACGCACAGGAGAGGAAACAGCUGGGGCUCUCUGCCGCGGCCUACAGGAAAUGCAUUUGUGGGAUGAGCAGCACAACAGCAUGUGGGCAUUCAAAAAAAUGUAAAAAUUGCGGAGGCUGGAAGUGUUUGCAAGGGAGGUGUCAGCAGCUAUCCAUUCACACACAGGCCUCACAGAUAAAGGCAGAUUACUAAUUAUGUAAUAACAUGUGUCUAGUUUCUGUUUAGUGCUUCCGGGGUGGAGCGACAAAGCGUUUCAAGGAAAAAGAGAGACAGUUGACAUGUGCAGAGCUCUGUAAGGCUGUCACUGAACAGAUUGCUCUACCAUGAGGGAAACUAACAAUUUGACCAACACAACAGUGGAAAUACUGGAACCAGGCCAGACCUGAGCACAAAGCAGUACUUUUUCUGAGGAAUUCUUUUCGAGUUAAUGACGAUGCUUCAGUCAGACAAUCAGUAUUCCAAGCUGCGAUGGUUAUUAACGAUUGUGGGACUUGUGCUGUACGCGGCCGACAUCGGGACCGAUAUUCGUCUGGCUGUGCGGUAUUUCCAGGAGCAGCAUUAUGUCUGGUGUGGACUGACCCUCAUGUUCAUCCUGGUUGGACUGGUGGUAACACAGAUCUUCAGCUGUGUCUGGUACUGGGACGACAUGAACAACGAUCCCAUAAACCCAGAGAUAAAACCAGACAUUUCCAUGUGUAAAAUAGUUGUCCUGCAUGUGUUUGGACUGGGCAUCUUCACCAGGAUUUAUUUCCUCCUGAAAAAGGGAUGGGAGGUGGUUUGGAGGACAAAUCAUUUCAUGGUGGAGGAACUGAGGGAGGAGCACCACGGCCUCUUCUGCAUGGCUACCGAUCUGAGCAUGCUGAAACUGUUUGAGGCCUUCCUGGAGAGUGUUCCUCAGCUCCUCUUACAGCUUUACGUCCUGCUUGGCCACGAUGAGGGCUCAUUUACGCAAUAUUUAUCUGUGACUUUCUCCUGUUUCAACGUCGCCUGGGCCUUGGUGGACUACCGCCGCUGCCACCGACGAUCGCUCCCCGACAUCACGGAGAUGCCCUCUGGCAUCCCUACAACAAUCUACCUCCUCUAUAAACUCUGCACCGUGGGCAGCCUCAUCCUCAGCUUCAGCCUCCUCCUCACACUGAGCCCCUACAGCGCCAUCGCCUUCACCAUCCUCUGGCUGCUGGGAACACUCUGGACGCAUGUGCUUCGAACGGACUUCUGCUCCUCCAGAGUUCUGGAGCUUUUCUACCGAGCGGUCGUGGGAGUCAUCCUCACGUUCACCUUCUUCAAUGUGAAAGGACGGGACACGAAAGUAGAGAUGAUCAUCUAUUAUUCUACUCACUGCCUCAUUCAUUUUGUGGCGCUGUUACAGCUGUUUCUGCUGAAGCUAGAGAUGUUGACAAUUGUAAAAUAUCUGAUCGUGAGUGCUUUGAUCAUCGGAGGGUCGGUGCUGGGGCUGGUGUGUCUCGUGCUAUACUACUACCUCCUGCACCCCAGAGAGAAGAGUCAUAUUGCGGAUGAGGUGGACGGCGUGGUGACGGAAAAGGAAUCAGGGACCUCAAGGAGACAAAGAAACUUGCAACCUUGGUAAAAGUUCUUUUAAACUCUUUUCAAGGCUUCUAAGAACAGGAACAAAGCCAAGCAUGGGUUGCAUACUUUACACUACCCAAGAAUUUUGUAGGAACGUGGGAUGACUGUGCCUUUGAAAUGAUAGAUGAUGUUAUUCUGCAUGGACACAAACAAACUAAUGGUAAUGGAUUGAAAUGAAAAAGUUGAAAAUCAUGAAGCAAGUUAACAUAUUUGGUGCAUUUCUUAUUUAUUUCUGUUAAUAGUAAUAUUAUUGUUGAGUCAUUGAUAGUUAUUGCACAACACAUUGAACUAGAUGCUGCUUGUGUAUUAUUUUUAGAGCUAUGUUCAUGACAACGCGUGACAUUUCUGCUAUAAUCGUCUCAGAGAUCAACAUAAAUGUCUCCUCUGACUGGGAAAAGUGUUGCGAGAGUCAUCAAUUAAUCUCUCAUGCAUGUUUUUGGACUUUGGGAUUAAAACCCACACUGGAAGAACAUGCAAACUCCACAGAGAAACGCCUGGCCUGGAGUUAAACCCAAAAUAUUUUUACUAUGAGGCACGAUCGCUAAUUGUGAAGGACUGAACUUAUCAGAACUUAUCAGAAACACACAAACAUGUUAAAUCAGAAUUUUUUUUUUCUUUUUUAAAAAGCAACACAUUCAUCCACCCAUCUUUCAAAUCCCAGUGUAUAUAAGGACAGUUCCUGAUGAAAACAGGCACAAGGAAAACCUUCAAUAACAUGCUGAAAUAUUGAUAUUAGAAUAUCAUAUUCAAGCAAAAAAAUCCAUAGCAGUCAUUUCAAAAAUGUUUAUAAAAUCUAUUCUGUUUUUCUAUCCACAAACUUCACACAUUUCAUGAAUGAAGCAUGAUUUAUCAGCUAAGUCACAAAUAAGUUCUCCCUGAAACAAACUAGUUCCUCUUACUCUUUUUCAUUUGAGUCUUCUUGUAACUCAUUAGUAUGAAAUGCACUGAUGUUCACACAAAAGAAGCAUAUUUAAUGUGUUUUUUUUCUCCUUGAUAUUGGGAAUGAAACUAAUGACUAAUCUUACCACCAAAGUAGUGAAAACUAUGUAUUUAAUCAUAAUUAUAUUAAUAUUUAUGGUGUUGUCUGAAAGGUAAAAACUCAAAAAUGUACCUGACACCUCGAUGUUUAGCACACUUCCAACUUAAGAAAAUAAA